AUGGGGUUGAAGGAAAGAAUUAACACUUCGGAGGUCAAAACCUUCAUGAGAGGGGCACCAUUAAAACCAGUUCUUCGCAGCAACAGCCUGCUUGAAUCUACAGACUACUGGCUGCACAAUCAGAGAACGCCCUGCCAAAUUGGUUUUGUGGAAGACAAGUCUGAAGACUGUGCUUCUGUCUGUUUCGUGAAUCUGGAUGUGAACAAGGAUGCCUGCAGCAACGAGCACCUGCAGCAGAAAUUGGUCAAUGUUUCACCAGAUCUUCCAAAACUUAUCAACUCUAUGAAUGUCCAACAGCCAAAAGAAAAUGAAAUUGUUUUGCUAAGUGGGCUAGCAUCUGGAAAUCUUCAGGCAGAUUUUGAAGUUUCACAGUGCCCUUGGCUGCCAGAUAUCUGCUUGGUCCAAUGUGCAAGAGGGAACAGACCAAACAGUACCAAUUGCAUCAUCUUUGAAAUCAACAAAUUCUUGAUUGGUCUGGAACUGGUGCAGGAGCGGCAGCUCCACUUGGAGACAAAUAUCUUGAAACUGGAGGAUGACACAAACUGCUCCCUGUCCUCCAUCGAGGAAGACUUUCUCACUGCCUCAGAGCACUUGGAAGAGGAGAGCGAGGUGGAAGAAAACAGGAAUGGCUAUGAACAUGUGAAUGUCUCUGUGAAUGUUUUGGAAAGUAAAAAGUCAAGGGAAGUCAUCCAGGAAGAAUGGAAUUAUAGGGAAAAGUUGCUGUACAAACUUGGAGACAAAUACCUUAGCAAAUACCAUACAGCACUGGGGAAGUCAGAAGGGUCGCUAGAAAACCGAGCAGAAAACAGCGCCUUCCAUGGUCUAGAUCCCUCAGCCAGGCCACCACAGUGGAAAGGUGAAGCUGAAGGAAAUGAGAGAUCUGCCACUAGUCACUGUUAUGCAGAAACUCUUAAAGGACAAGUAGAAAAGCCACAGGCACCCUAUUUUCCAAGUGAUGCUUACUCUGCCAUGAUGGUUAAGAAACACACGCCUUCUGCAGGUGGCACCACCACUGAACAAGGCAGAAACCUAGACCUGGGAGAAUAUAAACAUAGAAGAAACUCUCUUCCUCCUCUACAUGAUGGAGAAGCCACAACUGGCAAGUACGCAACAAAUCUUGCAGAAUCUGUGCUGCAGGAUGCAUUUAUAAGGUUAUCUCAGGCUCAGUCAACAUUGUCCCAGGAAUCUGCACUCAGUGUUUCUGCAGGCAGCACACUGCUUCCCAGUGCUUGUUCCACAAAAGAUGGUGUGGUCCCUCGUUCAUGGAAUGAGCUCCCCAAAAUUGUCAUUGUACAGAGUCCAGAUGGCAGCGAUCUUGCCCCCAAGCCAGGUGUCCCCUUGGGGCCUGAGGUGGAAGUCUCAACCGAUACCUCAAGCAUCGUGUCUGGAGAAAUCUGCAACAGACACCCUCAGAGUGCUCUAGAAGUGGCUCUGGCCUGUGCAGCCACUGUGGUUGGAACCAUUUCCAGUCCCCAGGCCACAGAAAAAUUCACGAUGGAGCAGGAAGCUCUGGUAACAAACCAUCCACACGGAGGCAACGGAGCACCACAUACUCCAACAUACCGAGUGCUCAGGGAGCCUUCCCUCAGCACCUACUCCUUUCCAUCCGCUCUGUGUGGUAUGACUCAGGUGGCUAGUGCAGUGGCUGUCUGUGGUCUAGGAGAAAAAGAAGAGGCGCCAUGCCCUGGGGCUCCUGUUGGCUUCUUACCUACAACUGAAGGUUCUGCAGCAAUCUCAUCCCUGUGUGGUUCAACGUCGGAGAAUAGGGUGGAUCUAGGGGAGCAGGCCAUCGCAGAGGCAUUGCUGCAGGAAGCUGCUAUGGUUUUAACAAGGCCUGAUGCCUACAGCAGCAUUGGAGACCUCAUAGACUCUGUGAAUAGGCGAAUCAGAGAUGUGGCUUCAAAGCCUCAGACCCUGUGCUCAGACAGUGUCCACAGAAAUGAGCUGGCACAGACCCUGUCCAGUGUGAUCCUGAAACAUUGCAUUGAUGAAUUUCUCCAGCAAAACACAAUGUCCCCCAGCGAUGGUAGGCAAUCCUCCGAAAUCCUGGAUGCCUUAAUGGCAAACACAAGUCAACUACUCCUUGAUGUGAUGUGCCUCACUUUCAAAAGGAUGAGCCCCAUCGUGCAGGAGGGUGAAUGUUCCACUCUUGUUUUCAAGGAAAUCAUCCAACAAGAGACAGAAACACCUGGCCAAGCAUACACAGAAGCCACAGACUCUGCCAACAGCCACCCACCGAGCAAUCUUCAUAGCCCUUGUCACGCCAUCCAUGACAAAACUGGGGCCCCCACACUGCAGUCUGAAUUGUCACAUACUCACAGAAUGCUCGAGUCUUUGACCACUAAGACAUCCCCCAAGAAAACAUACUUACAAGGAAUGGCCAGAGAUGACACAAAAGCCCCUCAUCCAAUGCCUUGCCCCACUGACAGUGAACGCAGACCCUCUGUGGCACCAACAAGGGCACUGACCUUCAGUAAGUAUGAAAUGGAUUGCCAAGAUGCUAAGGACAGUAUCAGUCCAAACACCCAAGACAAACACAAUGAUCUUGCACCCCAACACCACGGAGUUCAAGUUAACUUAUCCUUAUCAGGUAAUGAUGUAUUGCCUCCUGACCAUCCUGGGCAGCCAGCAAAGAACAUGGGGAUAUACUGCAUUACAGAUUUUGCAGAGGAAUUAUCAGAGACCAUUGUCUCCAUGGCAACUGAAAUUGCAGCAAUUUGCCUUGACAAUUCUAACGGAAAACAGCCCUGGUUCUGUGCAUGGAAAAGGGGGAAUGAGUUGCUGGUGACACCAAACGUACCCUGCCGAUCAUUGAAGAGAAGGAAGGAGAGCCAGGGCGGUGGCACCACGGGGAGAAAGCACAGGCCACCGCGGCUCAGUGAGAUCAAAAGGAAAACCGAUGAGCACCCAGAACUUAAAGAGAAGCUCAUGAACAGAGUUGUGGAUGAAUCUGUGAACCUUGAGGACAUCCCAGACUCUGUCAACACUUUCGCAAACGAGGUGGCAGCCAAGAUCAUGAACCUAACCGAGUUCUCGGUGGUGGACAGUAUGUGGCAAGCCCAGAGUCUUCCCCGGAAUCGGUUCCUGAGUGGUGACAGGUGGAACCGGCUGAAAGCGUCCAGCUGCGAAAGCAUUCCGGAGGAGGACUCUGAGGCCAGGGGCCACGUCAACAGCCUGGGCUUGUCGAGCACCUUGAGCCAACCAGCCAGCAGAGCCAGCUCUGUCUCCAAACAGUCAAGCUGUGAGAGCAUCACGGAUGAGUUUUCCAGGUUCAUGGUGAACCAGAUGGAAAAUGAAGGCCGAGGAUUUGAGUUACUGUUGGAUUACUAUGCCGGCAAGAAUGCCAGCAGCAUUCUGACUUCAGCAAUACAACAGGCCUGUGGGAAAACUGAGCAUCUCAGCGUGAAGCCAAGCUGUCCCUCGAAGCAAUCGAGCACAGAGAGCAUAACAGAGGAGUUCUAUAGGUACAUGCUGAGGGACAUGGAGAGAGAAAGCAAAGAGGGCAGCUCUUCCAGACGCAGCAGCCAGGACUGGACUUCCGGCUUCCUGUCUCCUUCUUUGAGAUCCCCAUUGUCUUACAGACAGUCAUCCAUGCCAGACAGUAGAUCCCCCUGUGCCAGGUUAACCGUGAACGUGCCAGUCAAGGCCAACUCCCUGGAUGGCUUUGCCCAAAACUGCACACAAGACUCCCUAAGUGUUCAGCCAGUCAAUAGCGUCUCCUCCUCAGGUCUCUGCAAAUCCGACUCCUGCUUGUAUCGGAGAGGUGGGACUGACCACGUCACAAACAUGUUAAUCCAUGACACAUGGGCGAGCUCAAUAGAGGCCCUCAUGCGAAAGAACAAAAUUAUCGUGGAUGACACAGAGACAGGUGGCACUGAGCAGGCUUCCGGUGAGUCUCUUAGGCACAUGGAGAAGUGUGCAAACCGAGCCGCUGCAAGCAGAGGGAAGAGCGGGCCAACAUUGCUUGUGCAGGAGCCUGUCAAUGCCCCUGGGAAAGACUUGGCAACAGAAAGCAAACAUCCAAACAAAACUGGUCCUCUUACAAACCACCAGAGCUCUGACUCUCCAAAACCGACACAUUCAUGCCAGGUCACAGCCCCUCCCAUGCACGACAUGAGAUCCCUCUGCUCACAGGAAGUGCCUUUGAUUCAGAUUGAAACGGACCAGAGAGAAAAGUGUGUUGGAGAAAACACUCUUCUAGAGGAAGCAGAUGGGCCACUGGACCAGCAAAAGACCACAGAGGUAGCCAGGGAUGGAGACGCAGCCCUGCGCACAGGCCAGCAUUCUAGCAACAGCCUCAAUGGCAGAGGCGUACCAGAGGCUGAAAUCUCCGCAGAAGCCAGACUUCCCGAGGAGAUCCCCAGCCCUCCCAGCAGCAGUGAGGCGAGCACGGGCAGCUGGUCGCAGCUGCUCAAUGAGGAAGACAACCCUGAUGACACAAGUAGUUUUUUGCAGCUCAGUGAACGAUCCAUGAGCAAUGGCAACAGUAGUGCCACUAGCAGUCUUGGCAUUAUGGAGCUGGACAUUUCUCAGGAAAGCAUGCCAUCUUCUGCCAUGAUUCAUGAAUUAGCAGAAGAGAAAGAGAUUCCUAAAGGACAGUCAGAAAACAUCAAGGCAUGUGACUCUGCACCACCCGUGGGAACAUCCAGUCACCAAAGGAGCCUGCUGGUGAUCAACUUUGACCUGGAACCCGAGCGUCCUGAUGCUGAGCUGAGAGCCACUCUGCAAUGGAUAGCUGCCUCUGAACUUGGGAUUCCCACAAUCUACUUCAAGAAAUCUCAGGAGAGCAGAAUAGAAAAGUUUCUAGAUGUGGUGCGGCUGGUUCAUCAGAAAUCCUGGAAAGUGGGAGAUAUCUUUCAGGCAGUCGUCCAGUAUUGCAAGGUGUAUGAGGAGCAGAAGGAUGGGGCCCCAAGUCUCUUUGAUUGGCUCUUAGAAUUGGGGUGAAGCAGCACAGCCUGAGAGAGCAUUCCCUCCCUUCAUGUCAGCUUAGAUGUAUGUGGCUUAUGUGGUUUGUUCUAAAUGUGCAAAGCUUUAUCAAAACAUCACAUGACGUUAGCAGACACAAAAAAUUGUCUCCUGCUCAAGUCACGUCAAAUGGAAUAAAUUUGA